UAAUUUUAUUUAAAAAAAAUAAUGAAGCACAUUUAAUAGUGUAUUUAUUGUGGUUUAAUAAAAAGCUUAUUAUAUAUUUAGAUGGACCAACCUAUUUCUCUAAAGAUUCUAAGAAUCAUUCUAGUGAUGACAUGUGGCUACAAAAAAAUGUUGCAAUGCUUCUCAAAUUAUAUAUAGGGGAUGUAUGAUCUAUUUCCUAAGUAUGUAUCACUUAAAUUUCCACAGAUUCACAAAAGAUAUUGCUAAAACUUAAAAGAUUUUUUUGGGUUCAUAUCUAAACUAAAAUAAAUUAUUUGUUACUAUAUGGAUUUGGAUACAAAGGGAAGAAUCAGAAUGAAUAUUCAAUAGUUCAGUUAAUUGAAUUUUGAUAAUCUUAAUUGUAAAUAUAAAUUUAUUUCUAUUUUGUUGUAUUAUUUUAAAGUAACGCAUUAAUUAAUUUUUGAAAAAUAAAAAAAUACUGCAAAACCAAAAACCAAAAUCAAAAUCUAAAAAUCAAAACCAAAAACUAAAAGCUGAAAACCAAAAACCAAAAUCUAAAAACCAAAAACUAAAAUCUAAAAACCAAAAACUAAAACUAAAAACUACUGAAACAAUCAUCACCUUAAUUAAUUCGUUUGGAAAUUAGAAAGGAAUAUUGAAAAAAUCUAAAUGGUGGCAGUUCCCCCUUUCCUAGCUAAUUUAGAGCAAUUUUAUUGGGUAGAAAGUUAGAAACCCAUUAAUUAGAGUUCUUAAAACAAAAAUAUGAAUAUUAUAUUGAAAUUUAACUAAAUAAUUAAACUAAUUUCUUUUAAUUAAAUUAAUUCAAUGUGAAACAGCAAUCUGUGUAAAAAGUAUCUGAUGGGUUUCUUAAAAUCUCAAGAAAAACCGGUUGUCAUUAUCUAUCAUUUAUUUUUAUUUUUUUUCAUUAUAUUUAAUUAUUAGAAACUGUCUUAAAUCUCCCGCUGGAGAAGCUCUAGGCAUAAAACGUUGACCUAGUGAAAAAUGGAUAUACAAAGACGUCAAAAACAUAGUAUAUUACAAGGAAACGUUCACGCAUGAUACAAAUACUUGCGUAAAAGACACACAUUAGGUUUUUACCAGAGAUAGAGAGAAAGAGAGUCAACGAAGAAAUGUCUUUGAUUACUACGGAAGCAUCGCCGAGUCUCUCCCUCAUAGAGAAUGGCGGCGGAAGCGACAAGCGGACGGCGGAGUUGUCGAGAAGUAACCGGAGAACGGUACAGAAUCUAUCGGCGACGUCGUUGAUGAGGAAUAGAUCGGAUCUGAAGCUGAUUUCGAGAGUUCGUUGGGAGUUUAUGAGGAGAAUGUUAACGAAUCUUCAGGAAGUUCUUCUCGGCACAAAACUCUUCCUUCUCUUUCCCGCCGUUCCCCUUGCCGUCGUCGCUCACCGCUAUGGAUAUCCACGUGCGUGGGUGUUUGCGUUGAGCUUGCUUGGAUUGAUACCUUUGGCUGAACGUAUUAGUUUUCUCACAGAGCAAAUUGCUUUCCAUACUGGUCCAACAGUCGGGGGAUUAAUGAACGCGACAUGUGGGAAUGCGACGGAGAUGAUAAUAGCGAUUCUAGCGGUUGGACAGAGGAAGAUGAGGAUUGUAAAACUCUCACUUCUUGGCUCUAUCCUCUCCAAUCUUCUCUUCGUCUUGGGCACUUCUCUCUUCUUUGGUGGUCUCUCCAAUCUCCGCAAACACCAAUCUUUUGACCGAAGACAAGGAGAUAUGAACUGCAUCUUGCUGUUUCUGGCGCUAUUAUGUCAUACACUACCAAUGAUAUUAAGAUUCGCAACAGAGGCUGCUGGGGGAUCAGCAACAAAUGCUACUAACGUUUUAGUAGUUCAUCCAACAAGAAGCGAAGAUGGAUCAGAUGUUCUUGUCUUGUCAAGAGCAAGCAGCUUCUUGAUGCUCUUUGCUUACUUGGCUUUCCUCAUCUUUCACCUCUUCUCUUCUAGUCUCACUCCUCCACCUCCACCUCCUCAGAGGGAAGAAGAAGAUGUUUAUGACGAUAACGUGAGUGACAAGGAAGAAGAAGAAGCCGUGAUUGGAAUGUGGAGUGCGAUUCUCUGGCUUAUUACAAUGACAUUACUCGUUGCUUUGCUCUCCGACUACCUUGUCUCCACUAUUCAGGACGCAGCAGACUCGUGGGGAUUAUCGGUGGCAUUCAUAGGAAUAAUAUUGUUACCAAUUGUUGGUAAUGCAGCUGAGCAUGCCGGUGCCGUCAUCUUUGCCUUCCGUAACAAACUCGAUAUAACUCUGGGAAUUGCGCUUGGGUCUGCAACACAGAUUGCUUUGUUCGUGGUACCAGUCACAGUGUUAGUGGCAUGGGCAAUGGGAAUAGAAAUGGACCUUAACUUUAACCUCCUUGAGACCGCAUGUCUUGCCUUGUCCAUCCUCGUCACUUCCUUCACAUUGCAGGAUGGGACUUCGAAUUAUAUGAAAGGCUUGGUUCUUCUUUUGUGUUAUAUUGUCAUUGCUGUCUGCUUCUUUGUCUCUAAUUCACCUUCAGCCGAAACAAGUACAACUAAUCAUACAUUGACAAAAAGGUCCACCGCAGCUAUAUGAGCUUGACUUUGACAAAUUCCAUAUAUGCUUUGAACCUGCAAAUAUUCUAUACUUUUGAGAGAAAAACCGAAAAGAAAUUGACUUUUGAGCUUUGGACAUUGUGUGAUAUGGGUUAUAAGAUGAGUUUCAAACUUAGAGGAAUGCACUAAAUUUACUUCGACCAAUGAUUAGUAUGUAACAAUAUCGGAUCAUUCAUUAUCAUUAGUUGAAAUAAAACGCUCAUGCUUUAUUAUGUUUUCACUUUUACCACAAAAUUGGACGAAAUAUUGCCUUUAGUUUCCGUUUAUUACGAAAUCUCUCAAGUUCAUAACUGAAAAUUGGUCGCACAGAUCCUUAUCAGUUAGACUUUGUAAAUGUUGUACUUUUUCAAAAUUCCAUUUGUAUAUACUUUAAAAAGUCCUUGAUGUAAUAUUGAGUUAGAAAAGAUCACGUCACGUAACGUGGUCAUGUGAGAUUUAACACGGCAGUGUUUUCAAA